AUGGAUGAGGCCAAGAAAGAGAAAUUGCCAAACCCUUUUCAAGCAGCCGCAGCGUCAGCCUUUGCUUUCGCAGUAGGUGCAAUGGUGCCUUUGCUGUCAGCAGCUUUCAUAGGUGACUACCACGUAAGGUUAGGGGUGGUGGUGGCUGCCGUGAGUGUUGCACUUUUAGGGUUUGGUGGAGUUGGGGCUUUCUUAGGGAGGGCACCUCUUGUGAGAUCUUCCUUGAGGGUGUUAAUUGGAGGGUGGUUGGCUAUGGGGAUCACUUUUGGUCUUACAAAAUCUAUUGAUUCAACUGGACUAUAA